UCGGCCCGGGCUCCCCACCCCGCCGGCGACACCAUGAGCUCCGGCCAGCAGCAGCCGCCGCCGCAGCGGAGGGUCACCAACGUGGGGUCCAUGCUGCUCACCCCGCAGGAGAACGAGUCCCUCUUCACCUUCCUGGGCAAGAAAUGUGUGACUAUGUCUUCAGCAGUGGUGCAGUUAUAUGCCGCGGAUCGGAACUGUAUGUGGUCAAAGAAGUGUAGUGGUGUUGCUUGUCUUGUUAAGGACAAUCCACAGAGAUCUUAUUUUUUAAGAAUAUUUGAUAUCAAGGAUGGGAAACUAUUAUGGGAACAAGAGCUAUACAAUAACUUUGUAUAUAAUAGUCCUAGAGGAUAUUUUCAUACCUUUGCUGGAGAUACUUGUCAAGUUGCUUUUAAUUUUGCCAAUGAAGAAGAAGCAAAAAAAUUCCGAAAAGCAGUCACAGACUUGUUGGGUCGGCGACAAAGGAAAUCUGAGAAAAGACGAGACCCCCCCAAUGGUCCUAGUCUACCAAUGGCAACAGUUGAUAUUAAAAAUCCAGAAAUCACAACAAAUAGAUUUUAUGGUCCACAAGUCAAUAACAUCUCCCAUACCAAAGAAAAGAAAAAAGGAAAAACUAAAAAGAAGAGAUUAACCAAGGCAGAUAUUGGAACACCAAGCAAUUUCCAGCACAUUGGACAUGUUGGUUGGGAUCCAAAUACUGGCUUUGAUCUGAAUAAUUUGGAUCCAGAAUUGAAGAAUCUUUUUGAUAUGUGUGGAAUCUCAGAGGCACAACUUAAGGACAGAGAAACAUCAAAAGUUAUAUAUGACUUCAUUGAAAAAACAGGAGGUGUUGAAGCUGUUAAAAAUGAACUGCGAAGGCAAGCACCACCUCCACCACCACCGUCCAGGGGGGGCCCACCUCCCCCGCCUCCCCCCCCACAUAGCUCAGGGCCCCCCCCUCCUCCUGCCCGGGGGAGAGGCGCCCCUCCUCCACCCCCUUCUCGAGCUCCCACAGCUGCCCCUCCGCCGCCGCCUCCGUCCAGGCCGGGUGUGGGCGUCCCCCCACUGCCGCCAAAUAGGAUGUAUCCUCCUCCACCUCCAGCCCUUCCCUCCUCAGCACCAGCAGGGCCUCCACCCCCGCCACCCUUGUCAAUGCCAGGGUCAGCGGCACCACCCCCUCCGCCCCCGCCCCGCCUCCCCGGGGCCGCCCCGCCUCCCGGCCUCCCCUCUGAUGGUGACCAUCAAGUUCCAGCUCCUGCAGGAAACAAAGCAGCUCUUCUAGAUCAAAUUAGAGAGGGUGCUCAGCUAAAAAAAGUGGAACAGAACAGUCGACCGGUGUCCUGCUCUGGAAGGGAUGCACUUUUAGACCAGAUACGACAGGGUAUUCAGCUGAAAUCUGUAUCUGAUGGCCAAGAAUCUACACCACCGACACCUGCACCCACUUCAGGAAUUGUGGGUGCAUUAAUGGAAGUGAUGCAGAAAAGGAGCAAAGCCAUUCAUUCUUCAGAUGAAGAUGAGGAUGAAGAUGAUGAAGAAGAUUUUGAGGAUGAUGAUGAAUGGGAAGACUGAUCUAUAUAUUAUAUAUAUAUUUUUAAGUCAACAGCUGCACUGUCAAUUUAAAGCCUGGGAAUUCUUCCAAGGAGCACAAGAACAAGCUGAGCACUUUAAAUCCAACUUCCUGAUUUUCCUACUAGUGAGCGAAGGGAGAUUCCAAUUUGGUUGCAUGUACUUCACCCUUAUUGGAAAAGAGGCAGGAAAAUAAAACUUAUGUCUAGUGUUUGUGGUGUUGAGAGAAACAAAAUAAAUGCAAGAAAAGGGCAUUAUGUCCACUUAACUCAGGAAACUAAGCUAUUCAUAAUGUCACAUUUCUGUAGUUGUCUGUAAACAGAGAAUUUUAAUUGCCUCCUUAGAUCAGCUUCUGAGUCUAAAGUGAAACCAUUUUCUUUUUCAGCUAAGGUAGGGGACUAAGGAGGUAGAGAAUGAAAAGAAUUUGUGUUUGUGUUUGUGUUUGCAAGCAGAUUUUUAAGAUCGGUGAUGGGAGAACACUCAGUAACAAGGCUCCAUUUUGAAAGAUGGAAAUGUAGGAAGAAGCUGAUGAUAUAGCAAAUUUGUAUAUUAUGUUUUUGGAACAAGAAUGUAAAUGUAGGCACUCCAACUUUUUCUCAGCUGAAGCUCAGUUUACAACCAGUCCAUUCAACUGAAAAAAUUUUUUUUUAUCUUCUGAGCUGUGGAUAUUUGCUGUGGAUAUUUGCCAAGUGUUGUGAUAUCGUUAACAUUAGUAGUUAA